AUGGCACCUACUGUCCGCCUCAACGACUUGGCCACGCGUGUCACCACCAGAGCUGAGGCUGCUCUGGCUCUUCGCCCCAUUAUCCUUGAUCGCGAUGAGACGUCUGGCCCGGGGCCCCUCCGUCGCCUCGUCUCCCGCGCCUCUGGCUCCGAAGAUGGCUCCGAUAACAUGAUCAAUGCUCUCAUCGCCAUCCUCGUCCUCGUCUUCGUCUCCAUGAUCCUCACUUCUACCCUCUACUUCUUCCGCCGCUCCCGUCGCAUGCAAAAGCUUCGCGACCAGUCCCUGCCUACCUACAACGACGCCAGCAAAGAGCCCAUGCUUCAGCACAGCCUUACCAUUGAGACCAAGCACAACGGUCGCUCCAGCGUCGUCGUCAUUGGUCGUGAUGGCCAGCCCAUGCUGCAGAACCCCAAUUCGCCUCCCGACUCCCCCGACAAUGUCCCAGAGAUUCACAUCACCUUCCCCGACGAACAGGGCGACGAUGGCCGUCGCAAGAGCGGCCGCGUCCUCAUUGUUAGGGUGGGCGACAAUGCCGCUGUUGGUCUCGAGCCGGUACGGGAAGAGCAGCUCCCUGCGUAUGAGAAGGAAGCCAAGGGCCAGUUCCAGUCCAUUGACAUGGACAAGAUUGGUGGACUCAAGGAGAAGGAUCGCAACAUGUUUCAAUAG